CCCGCCGCUGGAGCUGGCCUAACCCGCUGCUGAGGCGAAGCAGCCUAGUGCCCGCCGCCGUAGGGCGCCAGCGGAGCUCCGCGAGCCCCGCAAGUGGCGAAGUCCGGGUGAGCUAACCGUCCCGGCUCCUCAGAAACCGAAAGCAACUCAGGGUGGUGAGCCGGAGGCGUGUGUGGUAGCGGGCGAACUGAGGCGACGCGGGACACCCGCGCCCGGCCGAGGGCACUUUUGCAAGACUUGUGAGCACAGCCCGUUAACGUGAGCUUAAUGCCAGGGUCUCGAGCCUGCGCCGGUGCUAUAGCGCGUGCUCGAUUGGAAACAGAACCCGACUCUGCAGAAGGUGAGUUCCAGAUUUCAGCAGACCCGGGCGCCUAGAGAAUGGCUCAUUCGGAGGAGCAAGCGGCUGUCCCCUGCGCCUUCAUCCGCCAGAACUCUGGCAACUCAAUUUCCUUGGACUUUGAGCCCGACACCGAGUACCAGUUUGUGGAGCAGCUGGAAGAACGCUACAAAUGUGCCUUCUGCCACUCCGUGCUUCACAACCCCCACCAGACCGGCUGCGGGCACCGCUUCUGCCAGCAGUGCAUCCGGUCUCUGAGAGAAUUGAACUCGGUGCCGAUCUGCCCGGUAGACAAGGAGGUCAUCAAGCCUCAGGAGGUGUUCAAAGACAACUGCUGCAAAAGAGAAGUUCUCAAUUUACACGUCUACUGCAAAAACGCCCCCGGGUGCAAUGCCAGGAUUAUUCUGGGACGAUUCCAGGACCACCUUCAGCACUGUUCCUUCCAAGCCGUGCCCUGCCCUAACGAGAGCUGCCGGGAAGCCAUGCUCCGGAAAGACGUGAAAGAGCACCUGAGCGCAUACUGCCGGUUCCGAGAGGAGAAGUGCCUUUACUGCAAAAGGGACAUAGUGGUGACCAACCUGCAGGAUCAUGAGGAAAACUCGUGUCCUGCGUACCCAGUGUCUUGUCCCAACAGGUGUGUGCAGACUAUUCCAAGAGCUAGGGUGAAUGAACACCUUACUGUAUGUCCUGAGGCUGAGCAAGACUGUCCCUUUAAGCACUAUGGCUGCACUGUCAAGGGUAAGCGGGGGAACUUGCUGGAGCAUGAGCGGGCAGCCCUGCAGGACCACAUGCUUCUGGUUUUAGAGAAGAACUACCAACUAGAACAGCGGAUCUCUGAUUUAUAUCAGAGUCUCGAACAGAAGGAAAGCAAGAUCCAGCAGCUGGCAGAAACCGUGAAGAAGUUCGAAAAGGAGCUUAAGCAGUUCACACAGAUGUUUGGCAGAAAUGGAACUUUCCUCUCAAAUGUCCAGGCUCUCACCAGUCACACGGACAAGUCAGCUUGGCUGGAAGCGCAGGUGCGGCAGCUGCUACAAAUAGUUAACCAGCAGCCAAGUCGACUUGAUCUGAGGUCUUUGGUGGAUGCGGUUGACAGCGUGAAACAGAGGAUCACCCAGCUGGAAGCCAGUGACCAGAGAUUAGUUCUUUUAGAGGGGGAGACCAGCAAGCACGACGCACACAUUAAUAUCCACAAAGCACAGCUGAAUAAGAACGAAGAGCGGUUUAAGCAGCUGGAGGGCGCCUGCUACAGUGGCAAGCUCAUCUGGAAGGUGACAGAUUACAGGGUGAAGAAGAGGGAGGCCGUGGAGGGGCACACAGUGUCCGUCUUCAGCCAGCCUUUCUACACCAGCCGCUGCGGCUACCGGCUCUGUGCCAGGGCGUACCUGAACGGGGACGGGUCGGGGAAGGGAACGCACCUGUCCCUGUACUUUGUGGUGAUGCGCGGUGAGUUUGACUCGCUGCUGCAGUGGCCGUUCAGGCAGAGGGUGACCCUGAUGCUUUUGGACCAGAGCGGCAAGAAGAACCAUAUUGUGGAGACCUUCAAAGCUGACCCCAACAGCAGCAGCUUCAAAAGGCCAGAUGGCGAGAUGAACAUUGCCUCUGGCUGUCCCCGCUUUGUGUCGCACUCUACUCUGGAGAACUCCAAGAACACCUACAUUAAAGACGACACACUGUUCUUGAAAGUGGCCGUGGAUUUAACUGACUUGGAGGAUCUGUAGUGUUACCUGAUAAGGAAACUUCUCAGCACAGGAAAAGGUGUGGCUGUCCCUUGGGCGCAGCCCUCUGGACUGAGCAGGCUCUUGUUCUUGUCUUCCUGCCUCCGAUGUCUGAUGUGUCAUCUUUUUAUCUUGGAUCCUUCCCUGGUUUGAAACUUUAAACUCUUGAAAUAUUGCUGUUAUUUAUAUUUUUGUAUCUUCCAAAAAAUUAUAAUAAUUUGACAACAAG